AUGGUGACAACUACGACUAACCCAGCUACAUCAGCGGUUAAUCCUCGCGAAAAAGCUCUAGAAGAUUUCCGCAAGAAGAUCAUGGAACAUAAGGAAAUCGAAGCUCGAUUGAAACAAAUGCGUGAAGAUCUCCGUACGUUAACAAAAGAUUACGAUAAAAGUGAAAAUGAUCUAAAAGCAUUACAAAGUGUUGGACAGAUUGUUGGAGAAGUACUGAAACAACUAACUGAAGAUAAGUUUAUUGUUAAAGCAACAAAUGGUCCGCGAUAUGUUGUGGGCUGUCGACGACAAUUAAAUAAGGCAAAACUACGUCCCGGAACUCGUGUUGCCCUUGAUAUGACAACACUAACUGUUAUGCGCUAUCUACCUCGAGAAGUUGAUCCUUUAGUUUAUAACAUGUCACACGAAGAUCCAGGUAACGUUUCUUAUGGUGAAGUUGGUGGUCUAAGCGAACAAAUUCGUGAAUUACGUGAAGUUGUGGAAUUGCCAUUGACUAAUCCUGAACUAUUUCAACGUGUUGGCAUAACACCACCCAAGGGUUGUCUGCUUUUUGGUCCACCUGGCACGGGAAAAACCUUACUAGCUCGAGCAGUUGCCAGUCAGCUUGAUUGUAACUUUUUAAAAGUUGUGUCAAGUGCAAUUGUCGAUAAAUAUAUUGGCGAAAGUGCUCGAAUGAUUCGAGAAAUGUUUGCGUACGCGAAAGAUCAUCAGCCAUGUAUUAUUUUUAUGGAUGAAAUCGAUGCUAUCGGUGGUCGCCGAUUUUCAGAAGGUACAUCAGCUGAUCGAGAAAUUCAACGUACAUUGAUGGAGUUGUUAAAUCAAAUGGAUGGUUUCGAUACAUUAGGAAAAGUUAAAAUAAUUAUGGCUACCAAUCGUCCCGAUACACUCGAUCCUGCUCUUAUGCGACCUGGUCGACUUGACAGAAAAAUUGAAAUUCCAUUGCCAAACGAACAAGCUCGUCUCGAUAUUAUCAAAAUUCAUGCAGCACCAAUCGCAAAACGUGGUGAUAUUGAUUACGAAGCUAUUGUUAAAUUGAGUGAUGGUUUCAAUGGUGCUGACUUACGAAAUGUCUGCACUGAAGCUGGUAUGUUCGCUAUUCGCGCUGAACGUGAUUAUGUUCAAGAAGAAGACUUUUCCAAAGCAGUACGCAAAGUCGCUGAAAGUAAAAAAUUGGAAUCGAAAUUUGAUUAUAAAGCCCAAGGCACUUCUUAA